CACCAGGGCUGUAAAUCUUGUCGCCUUCUACUUUCUCUGACCAAGGGCACAGGCUGUCCUCCAUGUCCUCCCUCUCUCCAAUAUCAACGUGUCCGCCAUGAAUAUCCUUCUUUAGCUCGAGAGACAUCUACAAGUGAAGGCAGCCAUUACAACUCUAUACGGCGGAAGAAAGAAGGGAUUAAGCUAUUUGAGCGGCGUCAAUUUACAGACCUUAAAGAGAGAAAGGAAGCUCGACGAUCGAGUUUCCCCUACCGAUUCCUGCUCUCAAAAUCCGACAGAAACAAACCACCAAAUUGGGAGCUAAAAAUAAAGAUGGUGGUUUGGGGAGGCGGCGGCGGGGAGGAGGAGGCUGAGGAGUACCUGUUCAAGGUGGUGAUCGUCGGCGACUCGGCGGUGGGGAAGUCGAAUCUGCUGUCCCGUUACGCGCGGAACGAGUUCGACCCCCACUCCAAGGCGACCAUCGGGGUGGAGUUCCAGACGCAGAGCAUGGCCAUCGAGGGCAAGGAGGUGAAGGCGCAGAUCUGGGACACCGCCGGCCAGGACCGCUUCCGCGCCGUCACCUCCGCCUACUACCGCGGCGCCUUUGGCGCCCUCGUCGUCUACGACGUCUCCCGCCGCUCCACCUUCGACAGCGUUGCCCGCUGGCUCGACGAGCUCAACACUUAUAAUUCAGACUCAACUGUGGCCAAGAUGCUGGUCGGCAACAAGUGUGACUUAUCAGCUAUUAGAGAGGUAUCGAUCGAGGAAGGUAAACGGUUCGCGGAAACUGAAGGGCUCUUCUUCAUGGAGACUUCAGCCCUCAACUGCACGAAUGUGAAGACAGCCUUUGAGAUUGUGAUCAAGGAGAUAUACGACAAUGUGAGCAGGAAGGUCUUGAAUUCAGACUCCUACAAAGUCGACCUUUCACUCAACAGUGUAACCCUUUCUGGUGAUGAAGGCCAUGAGCAAAAACAAGAUCCGAGCAGGUCCUCUUGCUGUUAGCACCAUUUGUUAGUUUUCAUUCAGUCUAGCAGAUUUAAACCUCUCUACUUUUUGCUGUGAGUCUAUUCACAUAUCCACUUUCUACUUCAAA